AACUUGACGUUUUUCACGUUGCCCAUCAUAUACUACAGUACUUCCUCCUGAAGCUCUGUCACCGAGUCAAUAGUAUAUACUCGACGCCCAGCUAUGACCUUAUGUUUGGCCUAUAAAUAUGAUCGGUGUCGACCUGUUGAUCAACGAACUGGUCAUGAAGGAGUAUCUUUCAUAUUGCCAAAGGGAGCCGACGCGCCACGGCUUGAGGCUCUUGACUCCAAUCUAGACCUAUUUCUUGCUCACAUUCGAACUAUAUCCUUUCAGCUCAAUACUUUUGAACAGUAUGCCGAAGGUUGCGCCAUUUGGAACUUGGCAGUCGCCAAUAACUGUCGACUCCCUAGUUGAAAGCUCUGUCAAAGUCGAUAAUGUGAUUGUGGACCCCAUUACAUCUACAGUUUAUCAUGUCGAGAAGCGACCUUCAGAAGGCGGGCGUAGUGUUUUGGUCAGAACUGAGGAAAGUGUGGACGUGAUCGGCAAGGAGUUCAAUUGUCGUACCGGUGUUCAUGAGUAUGGCGGCGCUGCUGCUACCGUAUGCGACGGCGUGAUCUACUUCUCCAACUUCUCCGAUGGCAGAGUGUACAAGCUGAAGGAAGGUGAUAAACCUGAACCUAUCACUCCUGAAAGCAGUGUGUACCGCUUCGCCGACUUUGCGGUCUACCCGAGGCAAACCCGUUUGCUCAUCGCCAUCCUGGAAGACCAUACCAAACCUGACCCCGCUGACGUUGUUAAUACGCUAUGCGUUAUAGACACUGAAAGCAGAACCAUUUCCCCCCUCGUGUCAGGGGCAGAUUUCUACGCUGCUCCGACCUUCUCUCCUAAUGGUAGUCAUUUCGCCUGGCAGCAAUGGUCGCACCCGGACAUGCCAUGGGAUGGCGCGGAGAUUCAUGUUGCCACUGUGCUUUUCAAGGAGAAUGGGGCCGGUCUCGCUUUAACAGGCAUUACUCAUGUCGCCGGGAAGCCUCUGGCGAUCAGUGCAGCGGACCCAAUCUGGAUAUCAAAUGAAACCCUUCUAUACACCAGCGACGAGUCUGGCUACCAGAAUCCUUACGUCCACUCUGUCUCUUCUGCGAAGUCGUCUCCCGUUCUCAGCAAUCCAAUAACAGAAGACUUCAGUCUUCCCGCUUGGGCUCUUGGCGUUCGAUAUGGAGCAGCACUGGACAAAGCUGGCAAUAAAGUCCUAUUCACCGCUCUGCGAGAUGGAAGAAGCCAUCUAUAUGUUCUGACCUUACAUUGCAACGUUUUGGAGGAGAUUUCAUGCCCCUAUGUCAGUAUCAGCAAUGUCAUCCGGGUCGCCGAUGACAACGUAGUCUUUGUUGGUGCCAAGAUCAAUGAGCCUGCACAAAUCGUCCUUUGCAGUCUCAGGGAUUAUUCUUUACCUCACUACUCUGCACUGAACUCGAUCUCCUCGACAUCCAAAGUUAGCCUCCCAGCAGGCCUGAUUUCAAAGCCUCAGCCUAUGGCUUUGCUGGUACCGCCGAAUAACGAUCCAUUGCACGUUGUCUGCUAUCCACCAACAAACCCUGAGUAUGUAGGUCCGGAAGGAGAGCAGCCUCCAUGUGUUGUACAUGUCCAUGGUGGGCCCACAGGUUUCCAAGAUCAAUCGCUCAAUAUGACUACUCAGUUUUUCACGUCCCGUGGCUGGGCAUGGCUCAACGUCAACUACGGUGGUAGCAGCGGAUACGGACGGAAGUACAUCGACCGUCUCUACGGUCAAUGGGGCGUUGUUGACGUACGAGACUGCGCACUUGCGGCCUCCACUCUAUCCAAGCCACCGUAUUCCCUCAUUGACCCAGCUCGCACCGCGAUCAGAGGUGGCUCCGCUGGGGGAUUUACAGUCCUGGCAACUCUGUGUGCAUAUCCCGAUACCUUCGCUGCUGGGACGUCGAUGUAUGGCAUCUCCGACUUGAAGAAGCUGGACGACUUUACACAUAAAUUCGAGGCCAGGAAUACGGAGAAACUUAUGGGCGGAUCGUCUUCUCAGAUCCCGGAAGUCUACAAGGAGCGGUCUCCAAUUAACAAUGCAGACAGGAUUAAGGCUCCGCUUUUGAUCGAGCAAGGUUCCGUGGACGCUGUGGUGCCGCCCGAACAGGCAGAAGACAUUGUUAAAACUAUCAAGUCGAAAGGUGGACAUGUCGAAUAUGUUCUGUUUGAGGGAGAAGGCCACGGUUGGAGGAAAGCGGAGAACAUCAAGGCUGCCCUCGCGAAGGAGCUUGCCUUUUACGAAGGCGUCUUCAAGUUGAAAGCGUAAUUCUUUCUCUGGACGGCACUAUUAUUGCUGUACUUCUAUGUAGUCAUAAAUACCAUGUUGUGAACAGUACGUCUAACGAAAGUAUAUACUGGUUUUACUUU